GCUUAUCUUUCCGUAUAACAACGUCGAAGUCGGAGGUAGGGACAUUGUCGAAUUACUACAAGUGUGUGGUUACGUCGAUGCUGCUCGUAAUGGUGAUGUAAGACAUACAACAUAAUUAUAUGCAUCUAACAUGUAAAAUCGCUGCUGUUGCACACUAUCUUUACUGGUUUAUUACAUCAAAGAUCAGAUGAUGUCCUGUCGGCAUUGAAACUUUGACCAAUUAUGUCAUUACGGCCUGUCACACCUGCUAAUAGAAGUUAUCUCGUCAAAGUCCCAUACAUAUAUCAAUUGACUAAGUCUGUCUGAUGUAUUCUAGUGGAAGGAUUUUCAGAAUCCGAAGACUAAAUGAGGUUGACGGAAGAUCCCAAGAUUUCAUUUUAGCUGUCUUUGCUGCUACCGAGUGUGUCACGUGAGCUAGAAUGCCAGACAGAAUGGCUACAGAGUGUCACAGUAACAUUGCCUGCAGUUCUUCAACUGUGCACGAAGUAAAUGUCAAACAAUUGUUUAAUCUCUUGGACAAUAAUGAUCUGGCUGUGGUCAGUCAAACCCGACAGCUUAUACAAGAAAACCUACAUACAACCAAAGAAUCUUGGAUGGUAUCAGGUCUACUUGACUACUACCUCAGUACACAUUCUGAUGAGGCUCUUAAGAUGUUGUCUGCCAUUAACAAACAACAUGAAAAGGUAUUACUGGACAAGCUACAUGAGAGUAUGAAAUUCCCAGACCACCGCUUGCCAAUUCUUAGAAUUGUACUGUAUGCUGUCGGAGAAGAACCACAAUGGCUCUACCAGAUUGGAAACGCAAAUCUUUUCUAUGACAUCAUCAAGUGUGUUAAGACCGACACCGAUGUUCCUGUCUUGAUGACUGGCUUAACCAUUCUCUCGGCCCUCAUGCCUGUCUUACCAAAACAUACAAUGCCAUACCUUACAGACUUCUUUGAGAUAUUUGGCAGAGUUGCAGAGUUUACCUGUGAAAAGCCAGGAAGCGUUCCCAAAAUCUUUGUUAUACAUUUGAAAGCAGCUCUGUAUGCUUUUUUCUACCGUCUGUAUGGAAUGUAUCCCUGUAAUUUCUUGAUUUUUCUCCGUAACUUUGCAAGACGAGAAGAGAACCGAAACAUUUAUAAGGCAAUAGUGAAGCCAAUGCUGGAGAGAGUACGCUUUAACCCACUCCUUGUCACAGAAUCAAAGGAAAUGGAAACGGUAUCCAGCCGUUGGCACAGUAAAGAAACACAUGACAUUCUAGCCAGCUGUACAUCUCUCAUCCUCGAUCCUAUCGAAGGCACUGUCUACAAAGAUGAAGAAAUCCCAGCAUUGUUCUUUUGUCAAAAACAAGGUCAACGUCCUUCGCUGGACCUGGCAACGCAACCAGACAACAAUAUUGUUACUGGAAACUGUUCCUACAGAGAUUCUUUUCUGUCUUCAGGAAGUCUUGAUUUGAACUUGUCAGCCCUUUGUCAGCCAUUGAAAGGGGAUGUUUUAACCCCAGACGCCAUGCUUUGGUGGAGUCCUUCAUUGGAUGCCCACCUUUCUACCCCACCCAUGUCCCAAGGAAAUUCUGCAGCACCCAGCAAAGGAAACACCCCAAUUUUAAAUUCAUGUGAAGUAGAUACCCAGAAUACAAAUCACCAUUCUUGUUCGAAAAUGGCUUCUUGUGAUAUGGAGAGGCCAUCGCAAAACACGAAAGUGACCCCUGUAUCUUGCUGCUCCAGUCCAAUAGAGGAAAGAAAAGCUCCUGAAAUAUCAAUGCAGUCUUUACACAGCUUUGUGGACACAUUCGUUAGCCAGGAUCCAUCAGAUGUCUGUGAUGUAGAGGUGGCCGAACUAACGAAGCGCUAUUCAUACGAACACAGCCAUAAGUUGAUGUCUCUCAGUAAUGAGGAAGGUCAAAGUUCAAAGGCUGAAGCCUGUGAAAAGUUAUCCUCGGAUUCUGUAAAACAGUUCAUGGAAAAAAUGAAUCGUAUUCGUUUCACCAGCAUCACAACAGAAUCAGACAUUGAUAGCUUUGUCAUUCAGGACCGGUUCCAGAAUCGUGUGAGGAGUCGCUCUUGUCCUAAUAUUCCUGGUGCAGAACGCUCCAUGGAGACCUCCAUGGAUUCCAAAAGUAUUAGUAGUACAUGUAGUAAGAUAGAUGGGAAGAUAGUCCAGGUGGAAACGACCGGAACCCAAACCGAGGACAUUGAUCUGAUAGCGUCUUUCAGCGAUGAUCAGAAUAAUGCCAACCUGGUCGAUGUCGUUCCAAGUGCUGAACUUAUCAACCUUUACCACUUUCUUCUGAGUCCAUCCCCUUUUAGUUUAUGUAUCCGCUGUAAGAAAUCUCUGGACUCCACCAAGGAGACCGAAGAUUGUUCUCUUGAGCUCCUAGGUGACUGUCCCAAUGACCAGUGGAUUAAUUUAUCUCCUGUGGAGAUCCUUGACAAACUGCUGAGUAGAGGUGCUGCCCAACAUGAUAAAGAGCUUAGUCAAGUCCCUUCAACUACUCAAAGCAACAUCACCCGAACAUGUUUCGGGGGUUCCCCACCCGCUGACGACAUUAGUAUCCUUCAGAACCAAAUUAUUCUGAUGCAGAACCAGCUCAUCUACGAACGUCUCCAACGUGAAGGAUUUGCUAAAUUGGCUGCAACGAAACAAAUCAAUGCUUCUCAUGUGACAGCUUUGAAGGAACAAAAUUCUGCUAUAUUGGAUCAAUUGCGUCUCCAAGAGAAAGAGAUCCGUGAUUUACAAGAAACAAUCAAGAAACUGCAGGAAGUGAAUUGCCAACUGAAACAGACAGAAGACAAGAAUCAAUAUUCAUCUAUUGAGAAAUUGAAAGUAUGUCAGGCAUUCUGUGAGAAAUUGAAAGCUGAAAAUGAACUUUUGAAAAAUGAUCUCAGUGAAAGAGAGAAAAUGGCAAAAGAAGAUAGAAAUAAUUUUCAAGAGGCAAACCAGAAAUUGUUCCAAGCUGAGAAAAGGUUGGAACUAAUGAAAAAACAAGUUUCAGAUAAAGAAAAAUUGAAAGAACAGAUGUUCCUACUACAGAAGGAGUUACUUCUGAUGGGAGAACUCCAGCAACGAUACCAGGAGAAGCUGGAUGGUGUUUAUUAUCAGUGUAACGAGAAAGAAAAAAGACAGCAUUAUGUGAACACAUUGGAAGAAGAAACACAAGAAUUGAAAAAAUGUUUGCAACAAAGGGAAGUUGUGGCUGAGAACUGGAAGUCCAGAUGGCAAGAACUUGACGAAAACAACAAGUCUAAAGACAUUACUGUUGAAGAGCUGAAGAAAUGUCUGGAUAAUGUCAGGAACAAGUUUGGAGAACAAAUUCGAGUGAGUGAAGCCAAAUUUGACAGUGUUAUGAAAGUAAACCAGAAUUUACAGUCUCAUAUCUUAAAAUUGCGAGGAGAAAUUGUAGUCUUGAAGAAAGAAGCUCUACAGAAAAAUGAAUAUUUGCCAGAAUCAAUGAUAAAAGAAACAGCUUUAUCAAGUGAGAUUGUUGGAGUGAACAGCUUAACUAAUAACCUGCCGCCAUUAGAUACUGCAGAGAUGCAACUGGACAGUUCGAUGUUACGAAACCCUACAACUCCUGGUAUUUCAAUAGUAUGAUUAGUAGUGGGGUGGGGGGAGAAAACAAAAAAAAAAAACAAUAUUCUAUUAUAUAAUAAAUUAUUAUUAGUGAA